AUGGCGCCGAUGAUUUUUCAUGUAAUCAUAUUCGGUGGUCUUGCAUGCGCUUUGGGCCUUGCGGCGAAUCAAAGUACAUGCGUGAGCAAUCAUGGUCGGCCAUACAGUGAGGAGAAUUGCCACAUGUACAGCAAAGUUAGGGGUUGCAUAUGGCAACACGGCCAAUGUGUAUGUCGAGAAGGUGGAUAUUAUUCCAAGACGGGGCGCCGAUGCGUGACAUCAUCAAAUCCACAGACAACCCAAAGUACCGCAACACCGGCGCCAGUGGUGGUCUUGCAGGACUCAAACGGCAGUGCAUGUGUGUCUAACCGAGGCCUGCCCUAUGACGAAGCGAAUUGCCAGUGGUAUGGCAAAGAUCGCGGUUGCACCUGGCAGCACAACCAGUGCGUCUGUCAAAGUGGAGGUUACUACUCCAAGACUGGGCGCCGAUGUGUGCAUCAACACCCGGUGACAACUCAAACUACAACGACUGCCACAUCACCGGCACCAGUGGUGGUCUUGCAGGACUCAAACGGCAGUGCCUGUGUGUCUAACCGAGGCUUGCCAUAUGACGAAGCGAAUUGUCAGUGGUAUGGCAAAGAUCGCGGUUGCAUUUGGCAGCAGAACCAGUGCGUGUGUCAAAAUGGAGGCUACUACUCCAAGACCGGGCGAAAGUGUUGGCCGCCAGCAACGCAGCCAACAACUCAAGGACCAGCACCUUCCCCACCACACCCCGCGACUCCGAAGGCAGACGGCAGCUUUCUGGAUUACAUGGUCUCUUGGUUUCCAGGGCCCCAUUGGCUGAUCGGUGCAAUUGAAGGGUUUCUUGGAAUGUGCUCCUGCGCCUGCAUUUUCCCAUGCACUAGACAGCAGGCCCGCCGCCUCGUGUGUCGACGGCGCAUCAAAGCACUGCAGGCGCCAAGACAUGAGGCCAUGCUCCUCGACGAGGGGCACGUGGAAGUGGUAUCGCAACAUCAUGAAGAGCACGUUCGAGCAGCUGAAACGGUCUGA